CGCUGUGUCCCCAGUCUCUCUCUAAGACACUCUGUCGACGGAAGUGAAACCCUAGCUCUCCCCAUCGCCGAUUCACGGAAUUGACAGCUAAUAUCUAUUAGCAGCCACAUUUGGAGCAAAAAUGGUGAUUGUUUCUGGGUUCAUAGCUAAUUGUUCAGGUUCUUCUGUCUUUCCAUGUUUGAUUCAUCCCAGUGGCUAUAAACUACCAUUCAGGGACCAAAUAUAUAACAGGAUCAGAUUUAAUGGUAACAACCCUUGUCUGUUAGCUUCUGAAAAGAUUUCUAGAGGAAGAAGAACCUGGUCGUUUAUUACAAAGCCUUAUUGGCCAUUGCUUGUUAGGUCUGUAAGAAGUAAUCGAGAUCAAUUAAGCUUUAAUGAUGAAUUCCAGGAGAAGCCUUUCUGGCUUAGUCUUAUUGAAGAUUCUAUUUGGGCUCUAAGAUCUCUGUGCUCUUUUUUGGUCGGGCAGCCUGGUCAGCUGAAAUACAUAGAGUGGCCAAGCUUCCAAAGCACGCUGAAGACUGCAACCUUAACUCUUGUUCUUGUUGCAGCACUCAUUAUCGCACUAGCAUCUGUUGACUCUGUCUUAUGCUUUCUCUUGGCUUUGAUGCUCAGAAAAUCUUCAUGGUAAUGAUUAUAUCAUAAGCAUGGUUUUUAAACUGCUAAGGUUGAGCUACACUCCUAAUUACAAGUAGUAAUAAUAGCUACCCAGAGAAAUUUGCAUAUCCCUUUCUUGCUGUCCUCAUUCAUCACAGAAUCACAAGUAGAAGGUUAUAUAGAAUGAGGGGCAGUCUCUUGUGGAUAGGUGAUUUGUACAUUCCACUGACUUUAAGGGGCUAAACUUCUACGGUAUGUACAGAAGGGAAAUGGUUAGAUGGAAUGAAAGCCACUGAAUAUUAAUGGAAUCAGUAUUUAUCUUGUAGUUUGUCUCAGUUUCUCUUAUUGAUGGAAUCAGUAUUUAUCUUGUAGUUUGUCACAGUUUCUCUUCUUUCUUCCAUCUGGAUUAGCCUAAUCAUUGUUGCUUGAUUAGCUGCUGCAAAGCCUUUUCUUUUUCCUGGUCUUAUUGUCCCGGAAAUGGUAAUCAUAAUUAGUUGAUCAUAAUAACUUUUAAAAUUUGAU